ACUCACUGGGAAGCGGCUUUGGCAGCACUGGGGGCGCCCAGGACAGUUCAUCUUAUUAUCUGCCCUGUGGUUUCUGGAGGCACACCAUAAAGAUGACCUGGAGACAGGUCAUACUUCUGUCUUCUCUCUCGGCCAUGGUGCUCCUGUGUAUGCUCCAAGAGGGGACCAGUGCUUCUGUGGGCCGCAGACAGGCAGCCGGUGAGGAGGCGCAGGAAGAUAUGAAACAGAAGAUUUUCAUGCAAGAAUCUGAUGCCUCGAGUUUCCUCAAGAGGCGUGGCAAGCGGUCUCCUAAGUCCCGAGAUGAAGCCAAUGCGGAAACCAGACAGAGGCUGCGGGACGAUGAGCUGCGGAGAGAGUAUUAUGAGGAACAGAGGAACGAGUUUGAGAACUUCGUGGAGGAGCAAAGAGAUGAGCAGGAAGAGAGGACCAGGGAGGCAGUGGAGCAGUGGCGACAGUGGCACUAUGAUGGCCUGUACCCUUCCUACCUCUACAACCGUCACCACAUCUGACCUCACCCUCAAGCAACUGGGGAGGAAGAACAUGAAACA